AUGUGGUUAGUUGUACAUUUUACCCAAGACAAUUCAGUGUCAGCUGUUCCAAAAUCAUGGUGGAAACAUGGCUAUUGUGCUUGGCCAAAAAAAAAUAAGAAUACCAGUAAAUUGAUUGAAUCAAAACAAAAACCAAAUAAAAUUGAUUAUGAAUAUUUUAAAGCAAGAUUAUUAACAGAAAAUCCUAUAGCUUCUUAUAAUGAAGCCAGAUGUAAAGCAUUAAAAGCGCAAAGUACUUCUGAUUUGUCCGCGACGGAGAAUGUUAAAUUCAAAUUUAAAACUAAAAAUAAAAAGAAUUAUCAAAAAUCAAAGAAAUCUCCAAUUAACGAACCUGACUAUAGUUCUGCACCUGAAUUUUCUGAUUCUAGUGUUGGUGAUUUUGAUGACAGUGAUAAAGAUAAAUUGUAUAGUCCGAAAUGUUCAAAAAUAAUUCAAAAUAAAUUUGAUUUAAGCCCAAGUUAUAAUUCUAUUGACAAUGUUGGUAAAAACAAGAAAUUCUCUUCAAAUAAAGUAUCUAUUAUAGAAGAGAACAUUGACAUUAUUAUAAAUAGUCCAAGUGGAAAGUGGAAAGUUCAACCCAAUGAUAUGUCUCCUAUAUGUAAUAUUUCUAUCAAUAAAUGUAACAAUGAUAAAAUAUUGCAAAAUGAACAUAAAUCUCCUUUGUCCAGGCAAUUAAGCAAUGUCAAAAAAUGUUUGUUUCCUAAUAAUACAAAUUUUAUAGAAGAGGAUAUGAUAGUUAAUGAUAACCUUGCAAUAAAUGGAUCACAAGUUGCUGAUACUGAUUUAUGUUUAAAUAAAAUGUCUCAUCUUGCUCAAGAGUUUAAACAAUGUUAUGAUUAUACAAAGACAUCUUUGACUAAUAUCAAAUUUGAUAUUAAAAAUUUAGUAUAUACAGUGAAUGAAAUCAAAAGCAUGGUGGAACAUGCUGUAAAUGUUUUGAACACCUCUGGUUCAUUAAUAAGCAAUCAAGACAAUCACAGCAAUUUAUUGAACACUGAAAACGUUCCCAUCAGUAAUGAGCAAACUCUUGAAAAUGUUGAAACUGAACUUGAAAAUGCUACAACCAGGUCCCAAGUAGUUAAUGAACUAUCCAGAUUAGUAGGUAGAUCAAUAUCAGACUCAGUACGCCGUAUGAUGCAAAAAUUGUUUGAUGAUACAUGGCUUAAGUAUUAUUCUUAUAUUGGACAUAAAGGAAAAAACAAAUUGUCAUCUCUCAGUUCUUGUAAAAUUAUUUUUGAUGCAAUUCAUCUAUGCUCAAAAUUUGAAAAAGUACCGGAUAUAGAAAUCGCAUUGUCAAUUAGCAAGUGGAUGGCACAAGCAAGCAAUCGCUUAAAAAAGAAAUGUACCAAUAGCGAAAGCAUUAUUAAUACACUUUAAAUUUUUUCAAUUUAUUUCGUUUUUUUUUUCAUUUAAUUGAUUAAUUCU